GGAGAAUGGGAAUGGCAAAAAUGGAGAGCGGAACCGUGAAUUAUGAUGGUUAAUUACUCAUUAGGGAUUAACUUAUUUUCCUUGGCGUUGCAUCAAAUUCGCGAUUUCAUUCCAUUAAAGCUUCCCAAUCCCCUGUUUUUCAGGAAGGAAGGAAGCUGUUAAAUAUAUACAUAUAUAUUGGGGGAAAUCGAAUCUUUUUUAAUUUUUUUAAAACUUUUUUUUAAUUGAAUUUACGAAUCUGAACGAAAACCAAAGAUUUGGGUAUUUUUUUUCGUUCUGGUUUUGAGGGAUUUGUCCUGUCAUUGUACGUGGGUAUUGUUGUUAUUGGAUACAUUAGCGAAAUGGGCGAGCAUUUGUUGGUGUACGUUGAUCGGAUUGUAAAGCCAGAUGAAGCAAGGUCUAUCCAGCCAGUUCAGGAGGCCAAUCUCUAUGAAAAUAGGGCAGAAAUGGUGGGGCCCUCUUCUUCCUCAAGCGAUAAGGAAGAGGAUGAGAUGAUGGAAGAUGAGGGGGCUCCUCUGAUUGGAAUUGCCGAAUGUCGCAUCUGCCAGGAGGAGGAGUCUAUCAACAAUUUGGAAAUUCCAUGUUCUUGCAGUGGCAGCCUCAAGUAUGCUCACAGAAAAUGUGUACAACAUUGGUGCAAUGAGAAAGGGGACACUAUUUGCGAGAUAUGCCAUCAGCCUUACCAGCCCGGUUAUACUGCCCCUCCUCGAUCUCCACCAGAAGACACUAUCAUUGAUAUUGGGGGAGGAUGGCAGAUUUCUGGUGUGCCUCUGGAUUUGCAUGACCCUCGCUUUUUGGCACUUGCGGAGGCUGAGCGCCAAAUAUUGGAAGCUGAAUAUGAUGAUUAUCACGCGACAAGUGCAAGUGGUGCUGCAUUCUGCCGCUCUGUUGCACUGAUUCUAAUGGCUCUUCUGCUAUUGCGUCAUGCUAUGAGCGUUACAGACGGUGAAGGUGGCGAAGAGGAAGAUCCAUCUGCUAUGUUCUCUCUUUUCUUGCUAAGGGUGGUGGGCUUUCUUUUGCCAUGCUACAUCAUGGUCUGGGCAAUCAGCAUUUUGCAGCAGCGAAGACAAAGAGAGGAGGCUGCAGCACUGGCAGCGACGCAGUUUGCGUUCGUGGUGCAAUCAGCGCAACGAAACGGCAUGCAGUUCACCAUAGCAUCAGCUGCACCUGCAAUGCCUGCAGUUCAAGAACGUCUAUAACGUAAACGAGUGGGUAUAAGAAAGAUGGAGCUUGUGAGAAUUUUCGCAAUGUGUACAUACAUAUCCGUAAAAGAGAUGACAUGAGGGUCUAAGGAGAAUUUAUGAUCUAAUUAUUUUUUAAUGCUUUAACUAAUAAAACUUUGAAAUCAAAGAAUUUUUUUGUUUGCUUCACA